UCGCUUGAGCUUCACAUGGUGCGGCUGGAACUGGAGGAUGUGGAGAAGCAGAUCCGCGGCCUACUCGACAAGCAGGCCCAGCUGCUGGAGCAACAAACUGCGCUGGAAACAUCUUGUGCCUCUGCUCACAUAUCCAAGGUAAGCACACAGCGUGGUAUUUCCACUCCCAGCCCCUCUACGCCGUGUGUUUCUCUGUGCAGGGACCGUGCACCUAGGACUUUCCCAGCCGUGGUCUCCGUCACGCCAGCGCCAACACACCUCGGGCCUUGGGUGAACCAGCGGCGAAAGGCGCGGGCUGGACCUUCUCCACCUCCGGUGUUCGAGAUUCCAACCAGGAACCGCUUCGCCCCUCUCCGCCAGACCAGACCCAACACUGUGAUCGUCGGGGACUCCAUUGUGCGGAACGUCCGUGUAGCCUCAUCUAAAGGUAAGGUGCGCACACACUGUUUUUCUGGUGCUUGUGUCCUUGAUGUCGCUGCGCAGGUAUCCGGGAUCCUGAAGAAGGACGAGCGCAUUGGAGCGGUUGUGCUGCACGCGGGGACGAACGACACCAGGCUGCGGCAGACGGAGGUUCUGAAGAGGGACUUCUCCAGCCUGAUCGAGACGGUACGAGGCAGAUCACCUACCGCGAAGAUCAUCGUCUCUGGACCUCUUCCCACAUACAGACGUGGAGCAGAAAAGUUGUUUCGUCCUGAUGGCCUGCACCCCAGCAGCCUUGGAGCGGAACUGCUUUCAGACAACAUUUCCAAGGCGCUACACUCCAAGUGACUGCCUACCGUAAGUACAUCUUCCAAUAAUAACAUUCAGUAUAAUCAAUGUUCAACUAAAAAUCCGGCAAAGGUAAUACAUACUAUAGAGACUGUGUCUGUUCCCCGAGCUAUUCAAAUAUAUAGAAAAUCUCGGAAAGUCGAUCUUCGUAACCUAAUUAACAUAAAAAUUAAAUCAUAUUGA